UGUGUUUCUGUUCUGGCAGGUUUUAAAUUGGUUCAUUGUGAAGUAAUUCUGUACAGAUACAGAAAGUGCAUCUGAAGAAAUUGGUUUAACUAUGACUUGUUUCCCUUUUCUAUUUAGUAGGAAAGAGGGUCCAAUCAGACAAUAUGAAGAUUUUUCUCAAGAGUUGUCGAAUAUCAACGGGAUUAAAAUCUAUUCAUACAAGGAGCUGAGAGCUGCCACUAACGAUUUUAGUGCUUCCAAUAAAAUUGGGGAGGGUGGCUUUGGUGCUGUCUACAAGGGAAGGCUCAAAGACGGAACAUUAGGGGCAUUGAAAGUUCUCUCAGCUGAAUCACGGCAAGGUGUGAAAGAGUUCUUGACAGAGAUUCAAGUCAUUUCAGAUAUUGAGCACGACAACUUGGUUAAGCUCUAUGGGUGUUGUGUGGAAAGAAAUCAUAGGAUACUUGUCUACAACUACCUCGAGAAUAAUAGCCUUGAAGACACACUUCUUGAAGGGAAGAAUGGUAGCCUCAAUUUCAGUUGGCCAAUACGGAAGAAAAUUUGCUUAGGAGUUGCCCGUGGACUCGCUUAUCUUCACGAGGAAGUACGACCCCAUAUUGUUCAUCGUGAUGUAAAAGCUAGCAAUAUUCUUCUUGACAAGGACUUGACUCCAAAAAUUUCCGAUUUUGGCCUUGCAAAGCUUAUUCCAUCGGGGGCAUCUCAUGUUAGUACCCGAGUGGCUGGAACAAUAGGCUAUCUUGCACCUGAAUACGCUAUAAGAGGGCAGUUGACAAGAAAGGCAGAUAUAUACAGUUUUGGAGUACUCCUUAUGGAAAUUGUUUGUGGGCGAUGCAAUACAAAUAUAAAAUUACCCUAUGAAGAACAAUACCUUCUUGAAAUGACGUGGGAAUUGUACGAGAAAAGGGAGUUACUAUUGCUGGUUGACACAUCUUUGGCUGGAAAUUUUGAUGCGGAAGAGGCUUGCAUGUUUCUAAAGAUUGGGCUUCUUUGUACACAAGAAACCGCAAGUAUAAGGCCUAAUAUGUCGAUGGUGGUGAAGAUGUUAUUGGGAGAGAAACAUGUUGACGAGAAGAAACUGAAUAAACCGGGGUUGAUUUCGGAUUUUAUGAACUUUAAGAAGCCGUCUGUGCCUAAGCCUGACAGGGACUUGAUGACGUCGUCAUCAUCUACUUAUGUGUCGUCGGGUUCUGAUAAUUUUACGAUGUCUACAGGGACGUCCACUGUUCCAACCAUGACAUUUUCUUCUUUAGUAUGAUCGAAGCAUGUAUGAUAUGUUUCUAUGAUAUCUGUUGGUGGUUUUGUUGUUGCAAAAUGUGGUUAAUUGAUUUUUAGAUAUAUUGGGUAAAAUUUGAUUGAAAGUUUGUAAUGUCCAUUGUUGUUUGUUAAUAAAUAGAUUUAUUUGUUUGUCU